GCCGUGGCCGUGCCCACGCCCGCGCGGGGCUGCCCGCCGCCCUCCGCGCCGGAGCCCGCGGCGCGCCGCCCAUGCGAGACCCCCGCGGCCCGGGCAGCGCGCAGCGACUCCCGGCCGCGCCAGGCAUGUGAAGAUGUCAGUGGGCUGUGCAUGCCCUGGCUGUUCCUCUAAGUCAUUCAAGCUGUACUCGCCAAAGGAGCCCCCGAACGGCAACGCCUUCCCCCCGUUCCACCCAGGCACCAUGCUGGAUCGAGAUGUGGGACCUACUCCCAUGUACCCACCAACAUACCUGGAGCCUGGAAUCGGGAGGCACACGCCAUAUGGGAACCAGACAGACUACAGGAUAUUUGAGCUCAACAAGCGGCUGCAGAACUGGACAGAGGAAUGUGACAAUCUGUGGUGGGAUGCCUUCACCACGGAGUUCUUCGAGGAUGAUGCCAUGUUAACAAUCACUUUCUGCUUGGAGGAUGGACCAAAGAGAUAUACAAUCGGACGGACUCUGAUUCCCCGUUACUUCCGCAGCAUCUUUGAAGGGGGGGCCACGGAGCUCUACUACGUGCUCAAGCACCCCAAGGAAUCCUUCCACAACAACUUUGUCUCUCUGGACUGCGACCAGUGCACCAUGGUCACCCAGCACGGCAAGCCCAUGUUCACCCAGGUGUGUGUGGAGGGGCGACUCUACCUGGAGUUCAUGUUCGACGACAUGAUGAGGAUAAAGACAUGGCAUUUCAGCAUCCGCCAGCAUCGAGAACUCAUCCCCCGCAGCAUCCUUGCCAUGCAUGCACAGGAUCCUCAGAUGCUGGACCAGUUAUCCAAGAACAUCACCCGCUGUGGGCUUUCAAACUCCACACUCAACUACCUCCGACUCUGUGUAAUCCUAGAACCAAUGCAGGAGCUCAUGUCAAGGCACAAGACCUACAGCCUCAGUCCCCGGGACUGCCUCAAGACUUGCCUUUUCCAGAAGUGGCAGCGGAUGGUUGCUCCGCCUGCGGAGCCAGCGCGGCAGCAGCCCAGCAAGCGCCGGAAAAGGAAGAUGUCAGGGGGCAGCACCAUGAGCUCUGGCGGGGGAAACACCAACAACAGCAACAGCAAGAAGAAGAGCCCGGCCAGCACCUUUGCCCUGUCCAGUCAGGUACCUGAUGUGAUGGUGGUAGGUGAGCCCACGCUGAUGGGGGGGGAGUUUGGGGACGAGGAUGAGCGGCUCAUCACCCGGCUGGAGAACACGCAGUUUGACGCCGCCAAUGGCAUCGAUGACGAGGACAGCUUCAACAACUCGCCGGCACUGGGGGCCAACAGCCCCUGGAACAGCAAACCGCCCUCCAGCCAGGAGAGCAAGUCAGAGAACCCCACGUCGCAGGCGUCGCAGUAACGGCCCCCCCGCCGCCCCGUGGACUCAGUCCCAACCGAUCUACCUGUACAUUUGCAACGGAGAGUGACUGGGAAGCGGCGAGGUACCGGGGGUGGAUCCGUGCCACGCAGCCAGCGGGAUGCACGGCGAGGGGCGUGCGCCAGGCGGGCAGCCCCCAGCCCUCGACCCCCACUGCCUCCCUGCUCCUCCCACGCCUGCCUCCCCACCGGACCCCAGGGCAGGGGUGGGUUUCCGGGGCUGUAGCUUCGUUAUUCCCCCCUUCUCCCUCUUCCUCCCUGCUUCUUCCCUGGAGAAUUUCUCAUCCCUGCCCUGAUGUGCCCAGCUCCCACCUGAUGAGCAGGGGUAAUGAGGAGGGAGGCGUUGGCAGUGGUUGGCACGACCAGGAAGCCAGCAGUGGGCAUAAGUGUUGGGGUCUGGCACAGCCCAGAGACCCUCCUCCUCCCCCCUGGGCCCUAUGGCUGGGGUUUGCUGGGCAGCCACCUGCAGCAGGGUUGCACAUCUGCAGGGGGGACCAGUGAUGGAAAGCCUUCCCUGUGCUGCCGGCUCUGCCACGGAGCCUUCUCUGGCUGGGGUUGGAUCCUGCUGCUCUGGGAUGGUGUCGAGGAUUGGGCCCCGGUGCAUUUCUCCACUCCCCUGCACCCUCUCCUUCCCCUUGCUCCCCAGGGGUGAUGGUGCAGCAAGGCUGUGGGAGGACUCUGUAUAUAGGAAGUGCGUGGAGGGGGCAGGGGGGCUGAGAGGGGCACAGAGGAUCCACCACUCUGCCUGAGCAGCUGGUACCCUCGCUCCCUGCCUGCAGCCCCUGCGUUUCCCCCUGCCCCACGUGAGUCUGCCUGGGGCCCCUUUGCAACCCCUGGCUCCCGGUACCUCCUACUUUUGUCAUUUUUUAAGGAAAAAAAAAUAAUAUUAUUAAAAUUGUAAGUUUAAAAAAAAGAAAGAAAAAAAAAUUGGGAAAAGCCUCCCCCAAGCCCCUUUGCCAGUUGCCCCCUCCCCACCCUGAGCCCUCUCACCCUGUCCUGACUUUUGUACAGGCUUCUUCUCUUGGGAGUCUCAUUUUAUAUCCAGUUCGGAGAGCUUCAAACCAAGGAGAGACUUUGCAGACUUCCUUUCUAAUCCCUCCAGGGGCUGGGGGGAGCAGCCCCCCGCCUCCCUCCUCAAUGUAAAUCUUGUGUGCUGUUGUCCCUGCUCCCCCCCCUCGGGUUUGUGUACCUCGUGCUUGUACAUUUCCGCGCUGUAGACAGUGUGUACGAUACUGUUCUUUCAAUGUGUUAUCACUAGAGCAGGUGCCUCCAUUGAUGUUAGGGGAAACGAGAAAAAUAAUAAUUUUGGGGUUUUUUUUGGUUUUAAAAAAAAGAAAAAAAAAAAAACAGAAAAAAAAACACACAAAAAAAUCCCUUCCAAGGCUUCUUCCAAGAAGAUGGGAGCCGCUAGGGGGAGGGAGUUUGUGCUCACCAGCUCACCCCAGAAGCCUCAGAGGGGGGUUCUGGGGGAACUGGGGGUCAGAGCUGCCUGUGGGCACCUCCCAGCAUGGCCCCGAGGUGGGGUUGCAGCAAGUGGUGCUGUGAGGGUGGCUGGGGUGGGGGGACUGCCCUGGUGGGUGAGGGGUGUUUGUGUGUGUGUGCAAGAGUGUGUGUGUGAGAGGCUUGUGUGUUUGUCUGUGUGUGUGUAAGGGAGCCCGGGGCAGGCUGAGCAGCCCUGCUGUUUGGGGAAGAGGGGGUGUGCACCCCAUUCUCUCUGCCAGACCCUCUCCCCCACCUUCCUGCCAGGGAUCCCACCUUACAUGUUCCACUGCCCUGUGGUGCUGGGGGCUGGCCAGUGUCGCUGGGGGUUUUGCCCCCCACUGGGGGUGCUGCCUGCAGCAGGGGUGUUGCCUGCACCCCGCAUCUCUCUCACCUGUGGCUGAGACUGCAGGGGGAUGGCUGAAUCAAUGGGGAUGAGACACUGUUCCCCUUCCUUCUGCUGUCCCUGGGGUCAGGCAGGGAGACUGAGCCCAUUGGCUCAGCCCAGGCCUGAUCUCAAGCCGAAAAUCACUGGAGAGAUGCCUGUGCUGGCUCCUGGGCCCAUCCAUGGGCAGCCCAGAGGCAGAGGGCUCAGCCCCGUGGACCCCCAGCCACAGGCAUGGGGGUCCCCAAGGCCCCUUUGUGGGGGGUGUAGUCUCCCAGGGUGGGAGCCCAGUGUUGCAGGGAGGGGGCUCUGCUUUGCUAUUAAGGUACGAUUCUUGCCGCUGUGCUGCUGGGCUCUCAUGGAGGGUGCAGAGCCCCUUGCUACGCCCCUGCACCCCUCCCCCCCCCCCCCCGGCACACUAUAAUGCCUUUUUGUUAUCUUCCCCCUUCCCCUCCCUCCCCUCCAUAGUUUGUGCCAUUUAUGAGUCAUGUAUGGUACCAAUAAAAUGACUUUUCGGUUUGA